AUGAGUGCUAUUGGAAGACCGCAGACAAAGUCUCAAUCUUCACGUAAAGGUAAAAAGGCAUGGCGUAAGAACAUUGACCUUGAAGAUGUGGAGAAAGGGAUAGAAAGUGCUAGAGAAAGACAGAUUUCCCUCGGAGAACAAGCUAAUGAUGAUGGAGAGUUGGACUUUGUAAUUGAUACAUCCGGAGAUGGUGGAAUAAUAUCAAAAGAGAACGCCAAGUUGAAAAGAAAGGUAAACGGAGCAGAUAGGCCUGUUAAGAAGUUAAAGAGUACUGAAAUUCUUACUACCAAUAAAUCAAAAAUUCCAGCAUUACAAGUUGAAAGAAAUAACAAGAGAGUGAGUAAGGCAGAGGUUAAAAGAUUAAUGGAUUUGUCUGGUAGAACUAAUGGAGAAUCAAAGAUUUUAAGUAAGUUAGAAUCUGAUGGUUUAUUUAAUGCUAGUAGUGUUGAUUUGUGGAAUGAAAAGAAUGAAGAUACCAAUUCUCAUAAAGCUAUUCUUCAUAAAAAAUAUGUACAGAAAGGACAUUCCAUUAGUGAAUUUUCAAAGGCCUCUAAGGCUCCCAAGACAUUAUCAGAAAAACCUAUUGGUUUGCUGUCUAGGGAGACAGAAGAAGGUAUCGUCGAUGCUGGUAAGUCAUACAACCCUUCAUUAGAGUCAUGGAAAAACUUAAUAGCUAAGGAGUUUGGUACUGAGAAGGAGAAGGAGACCAAGAGACAAGAAUUGAUAGAUUUCAUGAAUCACAUACAGGACUUAAUUGCCACUCUUGAUGAUAACGAAGAAGCAGAAUCCGAUGAUGAUGAGGAGGACGAUGAGGCUACCAAUGAUGAAGAUCAGAAACAACAAGAACAGGAAGAAACUAAUGACUAUAAGUUGUCAAUAAAUGAGCCUACUAAAUUAAAGAUCAAGACCAAGACCAAGAGAAACAGAGAGCAAAGACAUCGUAAGAGAAUGGAGUUGGAAGCUGAGUUGAAGGAAUUGAAGACCCAAAUCAAAGAAUUAAGUAAAGUGGAACAAUAUACUGCCGAAGUCACUGCAAAGGAAGAGAAGUUACAACAACAAGUUAAAAAAACCGUGAAGAAGUCAAAGCUUUUCAAAUAUGAUUCACUUGAGAAACCAUUAGACGUCAAGUUGAGUCACGAAUUGACCAGUAACUUAAAGAACUUGAAAUCCGAAGGUAACUUGUUCUACGACCAGAUGCGUAAGAUCCAACAAUCUGGUAAGGUGGAGACUCGGAUUCCUGUUGCUAAGAAAAAGAAGUAUACACCUAAAGUCACUGAAAAGUGGACCUACAAGGAUUUCAAAUAA